UUCGUUCACUUGUUAUCUCCAACUCACUCACACGCUCUCUCUCUCUCUGAAUCUCUCUUUCUCUCUUGUUCUGAUCUUUCAAGCUCUGAAGCUGAGGCUCCAAUUCAAACAUAACGACCACGCGCCGCCGCCAUUCAUUUUAUAUUUUUUUCUCUCUGUUCCUCUAUUUUCGUUCCAUUUGAUUUUCUGCAUUGUGUUUUUUCUGUUUUUGCAGGGUUUCUUAAAUUCUUCUUCUUCCAUCGAUCCUAGAGAAUUCCCUCCACAGAAUGAACAAUUGGGAAAACUUGGAUAGGUUCAUUCCCAAUAGGUCAGCCAUGGACUUCAGUUACGCUCACUGCAUGCUUACAGAGGGAAUGAAGAUCAAACAAAAUCCAACGGAGGAGGUGACUUCGCCGUCGCGAGAACUCUUCCGGAAGAGACUGGCAGAGGCCUUGAACAUGAAUAGGACUCGAAUUUUGGAAUUCAAGAAUAAGCCACCACCGCCGGUUGAAUUAAUCCCAAAGUAUAUCCUUUCCCCUCCUCCUCGAUCUUCCAAACCCAUGCGAUACAUUCCUCAGAAAUCUGAGAAGACCUUGGAAGCACUUGGCAUCAUAGACGACUUUUCCUUGAACUUACUAGACUGGGGUAGCAGCAACGUUCUCAGUAUCGCACUUGAAGAUACUGUAUAUCUAUGGAAUGCCGAUGAUAGCUCCACUUCAGAACUUGUCACUGUUGAAGAGGAAGAUGGUCCCAUUACAAGUGUUAGCUGGGCACCUGAUGGACGCCGUUUAGCCAUUGGUUUGAACAAUUCCCAUGUCCAGCUCUGGGAUUGUUUCGAUACUAAGCUGCUGAGAACACUGAGGGGUGCACACGAAUCACGAGUGAGUUCACUAGCUUGGAACAAUCAUAUCCUCACAACAGGAGGAUUGGAUGGUAGAAUUGUUAACAAUGAUGUCAGAGUAAGAUCCCACAUUGUUGGAACCUACAGUGGACAUCAACAGGGGGUGUGUGGGCUGAAGUGGUCUGCCUCAGGAAGACAAUUGGCAAGUGGAGGCAAUGAUAAUCUCAUUCAUAUAUGGGACAGAUCCAUGGCCUCUUCGAAUUCAACAACUCGUUGGCUUCACAGGCUUGAUGAGCACAAAGAUGCUGUAAAGGCACUGGCUUGGUGUCCAUUUCGGGAAAAUAUGCUAGCUUCUGGUGGAGGUGCGGGUGAUCAGUGCAUUAGGUUUUGGAACACAAACACUGGUGCAUGCUUGAACUCUGUUAGCACGGGAUCUCAAGUGUGUGCUCUGCUGUGGAACAAGAAUGAGCGUGAGUUGCUUAGCUCGCAUGGUUUAACCCGUAACCAACUCACUCUUUGGAAAUAUCCUUCUAUGGUGAAGAUGGCAGAGCUCAAUGGUCAUACCUCCAGGGUGCUGUUUAUGACACAAAGUCCAGACGGGUGUAUGGUGGCAACUGCAGCAGGGGACCAGGAACUGCGUUUUUGGAAGGUCUUUGGAACCCUAGCAUCGAAGGCAAAAACUGAGCCCUUUGCUAAUUUCAACCGUAUCCGUUGAAGAUCGCAUGUAUAGGAGAUAAUGUGUUUUGUCUAAGGGGAGCAAUUUUGUAUUAAUUUUUUUUUUCAUUUUGUAUUGUUUCCAUGACCUUUUUUGUAAGUAUAUCCUGACAAAUGUAUAAACAUUUAAACAUGUACAUAUUGGGCGAAUUUAUCUGUACAGAAAGAGCUAAUUACUUUGAAUGAAUGCCAUGU